UAACAGCGGUAAUAAACAAACUCUCAUCUUGUUCCGAUCGAUCACUUUGUAGAUGAAUUAGUGCAACCCAACAACGAACUCGCCAUAUUGCAAUCACAAUCAGGGGCCCUUAAUCCUCCAGCUCCCUGCCGCAAACUCACUGAACAAAGCAAUCGACUGGCUCACCAUGGAUGCACACCCUGCAUGCAAACACGUGCAGUAACACGAGCCCUUCAUCUCUCGGAGGCCAGAGCCAUGGCCACCACGCACCGCCGUCGGCAUCCAAUGCAAUGCAAGCCAAUAAUUAUACAGCUUCGUGCCUCGAUCGCUCUCCCACCACCACCACCACCUCUCUGUCUGUCUCUGCCUCCUCCCCCACGGCUUCCACUCACCAUCCUUCUCCCUUGCCUUCGUCGUAGUCGUAGCUCUGUUCCGCACCACCGACGGGCGACGGCCGGUGAAGACGUUGUCCUCCACGCGGCGGGCCGCCCACACGCACCGUCGACGACAUGUCCCACCGCCUCGGCCGCGUCGUCAGCGACCUCAGCCACAGCAACUCCCGCUCAGUGACGACGAACCACCACCACCACCAGAGCGCGACGACGUCGAGCAACAACGAGGGUGGCGGCAACGUCGUUGGCGGCAAGGCCAAGCAGAAGCUCGCGACGAUCCUCAUCUCCAGCGUCGUCGCCUGGACAAGAAGCGAGAGCAGCGGCGGCGAAGCGGCCGGCGGCAGCAGGGAGAAGAAGAACGGCAGCAGGAAGCAGAAGGAAGCUGCCAACGGCGGCGGAGCUGGCGGAGGGAGGAGGCGUCGAGGUGGCCUGGAGAUAGUCCUGGCGGUGCGGAAGUACGUGGCGAUGGUGGUGGAGCAGCUCCUCACGUCGUCGUCCUACUCCGGCGCCAGUAGCAGCCGCCGGCCGGACGACGACGCGGACAGGAGGCGGCGGGACGGGUCGCGGCCGCACACGUUCACCUCCGCCGCGCGCCACGCCGGGGGUAACGCUAACGCCGCCGCCGCCCAGUCGUCGUCCAAGCGGCACAGGGGGCAGCGGCUGCUGUCGUCGGCGCCCGCGUCGCUGCGAGGGUCGCCCGCCACCAGCAGGCACCUCUGCUACGUGGGGGAGUCGGUGGUGACCAAGGCAUCGACGUCGUCGUCGUCGGAGGUGAGCACCAUGGAGGAGCUCCAGAGCGCCAUCCAGGCCGCCAUCGCGCACUGCAAGAACUCCGUCGCCGUCGCCGGCGCCGCCGGCGACGAGCAGCAGCAGCAGCAGCAGCUUAAAUGUUGAGGCGGCGGUGGUGGUGGCGCGCGUCUUUGCGUGCGUGACACUUCACGGUGCGCUGUACGCCCGUACGUCACGAGCAAAUGUAAUCGUACGUGGCUCGGGCCAUGGCCGUGACGAGUUUAAUGGUUCGGCGAGUGUUCAUCGGUAAUUCGAUCCGUAUAUAUAUAUAAGCUGCUGAAAGAAGAGAAAAGAAGAAACUGAGUCAAAUUUCUAGCGAAUUUGUGCCCUCUCUCCUCUGUAAAUUGUACAGUAAGACAGUAAUUAUCUGCGCGGGGACGUGGGCUUCUUUGAGAUUUGAAUUUUGUAAUUUGUACUGAC